CGUGCAGCUCGCCUGUCCGCCGGGUGAUUCGCCGGCAACGAAGCCGAUGAUGAGGCAUCCCAAAGACGAUGCUGCACACUUGUUCAUCAGCAUGUGCCCUUCCCUCUAUCGCGCAGUCUACCGUGGGAGGACGGAGGAGGUCAUGGAGCUGCUUCUCCGUCAAAAGGGCGCCGCGAGAGAUGGCAAAGCUGCUGCUGGCAUUCGUCACGGACAGUGCGACAUACUCGAAGUGAGUGCGGAAAGCAACACCGUUCUCCACGUGGCUGCGGAGCAAGGCCAUGACAAGCUCAUCCAGGAGCUCUACCACAGGUUCACGGAGCAUGGCCUCCUCCUAUCUCACCGCAACUCGGCGCUGGACACGCCGCUGCACUGCGCGGCGAGGGCGGGGCACGUCAUGGCCGUCGCCGUCCUCGUCAAGCUCUCCCGGGGCUCCGGCGAGAGCAUCCUGGGAUGCAGAAACCAGGCCGGCGACACGGCCCUGCACCUGGCCGCAAGGCACGGGCACCACGUCGUGGUGGCGGCCCUGGUGUCGGCGGCGGCAGGCCCGGCGGCCGAUCUGAACAACGCCGGCGUGUCGCCGCUUUAUCUGGCGGUCAUGAGCGGAUCGGUGCAAGCAGUCAAGGCGAUCACCAAGUGCAAGGACGCGUCGUCGGCUGGGCCGAGCUCGCAGAAUGCUCUACACGCUGCUGUCUUCCAGAGCUCCGAAAUGGUUGACGUGCUACUCGGCUGGAGGCCAGCUCUCGCAGACCAAGUCGACAGCAGCGGCAGCAGCCCGCUCCAUUUCGCGUCGUCGGCCGGCGACCGCAGCGUCGUGCACGCGAUCCUACGCGCCGCGCCGCCGUCAACGGUGUACAAGAAGGACUCGUCCGGUCUGUCGGCUCUCCACGUCGCGGCGCGAAUGGGGCACCACCGCGUGGCCAAGGAGAUGCUGAGGAUGUACCCGGACGCCGGCGAGCUCCGCGACGGUGACGGCGGGACCUUCCUGCACACCGCGUGCAGGGAGAAGCAGGCGUCCGUGGUGUCGUCUGUUGCCAUCAAGAGCCGCAGGCUGCGCGGUCUGCUGCUGGACGCGCGGGACGGGGGCGGGAACACGGCGCUCCACCUCGCGGUGGCGGCGGGCGCGCCGGGCGUCGUGGAGGACCUGCUGCGGAAGGGCGGGGCGCGCGCCGACGUCGUGAACGACGACGGCGACACGCCGUUCGACCUCCUCGCCGCGGCGUCGACCACCAGCUCGUUCACGAUGGUGAGGCUGGUGGUGACGCUGGUGGCGUACGGGGCGCAGCUCGGGUCGACGCGGAGGCAGGACCAGCUGGCGCCAUGGAGCGGCCGCGACGUCGUGCAGGGGGUGGAGAGGACGUCGGACAGCCUGGCGGUGGUGGCGGUGCUCAUCGCGGCCUCGGCGUUCGCGGCCGGGUUCAACGUGCCCGGCGGGUACGACAGCGGCGGCACGGGCAGGGCUCUCCUGGAGGGCAAGUCGCCGGCCUUCGGCACCUUCCUGUUCCUGGACAUGUUCGCCGUGGCGACGUCGGUGGUCGCCGUGAUCCUGCUCGUCUACGGCAAGACGUCGCGCUCCGCCGUCGCCUCGUUCACGAGCUUCGCGUGGGCGCUGCAGUGCAUGUGGGUGUCGCUCAUGACACUGAUGCUGGCCUUCUACGUGGCCCUGGCGAUCACGAGUGCUGUCAGUCGGUACGGGUUGAUGGCGAUCGAGACGUGCAUCUUCGCGCUGCAAAUGUGCGUGACGACGUGGAUUAUGCCUGCAAAGAGCUGGAGCACGAUCUGGAGGUUUAUAGUAAGACAGCGCAUCAGCCACGACAAAGGAAAGAAUGUGAUCAUCAAGCGGCAGUAUCCUCUCGCUGGCGCUUUCGUACUGCACUUCUGUCUGUUUACAGUUAUAACUAAUAUAGCGGGUCUCAUUUUUUGGGUCACAACGGAUGGGAGACAGGGCACGGGCACCCCAGUUGUCUUGAGCCCCACCCCAUCUCCUGUUGUUUAGAGAGGCACUGCUGUCAUGGUUGUGCUUGUUAUUAUUACUCCCUUUAUUUUGAUUUUUGAAUAAUGGUAAGUUAUUCUGGG